AUGGCUAAAUUUAACUCCAAGAUUACAAUGAUAUUUAUUAUUGUAGCUCUGGGUUGUGCCUUUGUUCCUGCGUUUUCAGUCGAAGACUCUGAAGCAAAAUCGUUAUGGGAUACUUGUCUUGUUAAAAUCACUCCAAAGUGUGCUUUGGAUAUAGUCGCAGUUGUUUUUGGAAAUGCAACCUUCCCUGACUCUUGUUGCCACGAUCUUGUCCAAGAAGGAAAAGUGUGUCACGAUACUCUAAUUAAAUAUAUUGCUGACAGACCAGCUUUAAUUGCCCGUGAAUCACAAUAUUUGAAGAAAAGCAACGAUUUGUGGAGUCAUUGUGUCGCAAUCUCUAAAACUGCCUAA